AUGCACGUCACAGUCGCGUUUGGCGGAUGUGCCAGCCAACGCGACGCGCUCUCCGCCUGGGCGACGGCCGCGCAUCGCAAAAGCCUUUCUGUGAAAGAGGAGCCCGCUGGCGACCUGGGGCCCAGUUCCCCAUCGCCCGUCGUCGUCGUCCCACCGAGGAGAUUCUGGCUCAACUCCCAGGCCACGUCGCACUCGACAAACUUUGGUCUGCCGGUUGCCCGCGAAUUCUGCGCCGUAGGUCUGAAAGACAUCGAAAUCGGGUUCCUCGGUCCCGCGGCGGAGAAGCGCCCCGAGUGCGAGGCAAACGGCCAAAGUCGCAGUAGCGGCAAGCGCCGGAGGUCGUCACUCUCAUGGUCUAAUAAAGCUGGCUCGGGAACAAGGGCCAGGGUUGGCUGCCAAGAGCAAGGAACCAGUUUUGUUCCCACGUCGGUCGCCGAUCAGCACGGGCAUCUUCCCAUCAGAUAA